AUGAAACGUCACACAGCUGAAAAAGCCGUGUCGAUGAUAGUUGGUAUUCAUGGAUCAAAUGGCGUUCCAGGGGUGCCGGGAAACCCAGGUUUUCCUGGUAGGGAUGGUACUAAAGGAGAGAAAGGCAGCCCUGGAAAGCGAGGUGUCCAAGGAGUUUCAUGGAUCCCAGGGAAUCUAGGUCCAAGAGGCCCCAAGGAUCCCAAAGGGCAGAUGGGAGAAAAAGGAGUCCAUGGUAAGGGAAUCCCAGGGAAUAAAGGCCCGAGAGGCUCCAGAGGAUCCAAAGGAGGAGGAGGCCCGGUGGUCCGAAAGGUCAAAUGGGAGAGAAAGGAGAAAAAGGCGCAGGUAUCCCAGGGAACAUUGGACCAAGAGGCUUUAAAGGAUUCAAGGGGGAAAGAGGGAUCAGAAUAA